CCCCCUGACAGGGCAGAGUGUUGUCCCCCUGACAGGGCAGAGUGUUGUCCCCCUGACAGGGCAGAGUGUUGUCCCCCUGACAGGGCAGAGUGUUGUCCCCCUGACAGGGCAGAGUGUUGUCCCCCUGACAGGGCAGAGUGUUGUCCCCCUGACAGGGCAGAGUGUUGUCCCUCUGACAGGGCAGAGUGUUGUCCCCCUGACAGGGCAGAGUGUUGUCCCCCUGUCACAUGGUUCACAGGGCAGAGUGUUGCCCCCCUGCCACAUGGUUAGAAUAAGGUUGAUUGGGCUAAUGAUGGGCUAAUGAUGGGCUAAUGAUUGGGCUAAUGAUUGGGCUAAUGAUUGGGCUAAUGAUGGGCUAAUGAUUGGGCUAAUGAUGGGCUAAUGAUUGGGCUAAUGAUUGGGCUAAUGAUGGGCUAAUGAUUGGGCUAAUGAUUGGGCUAAUGAUGGGCUAAUGAUUGGGCUAAUGAUUGGCUAAUGAUUGGCUUAUGAUUGGGCUAAUGAUUGGGCUAAUGAUGGGCUAAUGAUUGGGCUAAUGAUUGAGCUAAUGAUUGGGCUAAUGAUUGCCUACAGGACUUCCUCUCUGCAAAUCAGAUUAUAUUCUGAGUGAAACUUCUGUUGUUGCAAGACGUAGUAUACACAAGUAUUUUAGUAUGUUUGUUCAUACCAGAAGUUAGGCUUCAUUUAAAGUGGGAUAAAACUCACUAAACAAAUCACUGGUUAAUAAAUGUACUUCCAUAUCUGAAAUAAAUCAUUUAUAUUUGACUUGAAAGAUAAAUAAAAAACGUUUUUUUUUUUUUCUGGAAUAUAAAAAUGUGCAGCUCAUUGUCAUCAUUCAGACAGCAUGUGGCACCAACAGGUGAUAAUGCAGGUAAAAGCACAACUGUCAGCAUCUAGUAAAACAGCCCCCCAUUCACCCAUUAACAAUGACUUAACAGUUUCACCCUAUUCAUGUUGUACAUGCACUGCUAAUGAGUAGACCUGUCAUUACCACCAAUUAGGACAUGUGUUUACUUAUUAAAUGCCUGUUUGACAGGAAGUCAUUGUUAGUAACGUCUGAGUGCAUUACCCAUCUACUUCCAUUUUGCUUUCAAAUUGGAUUUCAUGGCCGAAAACACGCCCAUCCCAUUCAGCCUGGAGGAGGGGGGGUCACAGUCUGGGUUGACUUGUCGGUCAGUGCAAAAAUAGAUCCUUGGGACGUUUCUACCCCUCAACCCUAUACUUAAACCCAAUCCUAACCCUAUACUUAAGCCCAACCCUAACCAUUUUAAAUGUCAAUGGGGGAUGUCCCAAGGAUCCCGCCUAGCAGGCCGACCCUACCUACUACCCUGCUCCUGUCCCCUCCUCCCUCCCUUCCUCUGCUCUUCUCUUCUCCCCCCGUAGGCCUACCCUACCUAUUCUUGUCCUCCUGUCCCCUCCCUUCCACUGCUCUCCAGUUUCAUCUCAAAUCCCAUUUGCCAUUGUAGCCAACAUGCCCAAUCGCCCAGGACUGCGCGCAUUUAACAGUUUUAUGUAAUCGUUAGUAGAAUGCGGUGCAAGUCUGACGCAUUGAUCAUUGUGCCAUUUAUCAUUGCUGCGAUCAUUCCAGGACAGACCUGCCUCAAGAUUUAUGCUACAUUUUACAUUUAAAUUCGAGUCAUUUAGCAGAUGCUCUUAUCCAGAGUGAUUUACAGAAGUGAGUGCAUACAAUUUCGCACUUUAAAAAAAUAUAUAUAUUUUUCUUUAUUCUCAAAGCAUUCAAAAAAAAUAGGCCUAUGUUUUACUGAAACACCACGUUUGGGUAACCGGAAUAAGGCAACAAUAUAUUCAACUGUUUCUCUUGACGUUUGUUCCCUGUGAGUCAUUCAAAUGGACAAUAAACAUUCACAAGCGAAGGCAGAGACGGAACAGGAGACCCGUCCGCCCGCUAAAGACUCACCUUUCUCUAUCAAAAACCUGCUCAACUUCGACAGUAAACCUUCCAAACCGAAGACGCUGCUUGCCACCACCAAAGGACUAUUGGAAGGAGGUUUCUCUCUCUCCCGGAUCGGUGAUUUAACUUUUCCUAGUUUUGACAUCCCAGCCCAGAGAUUUGGAUUAUCGGCGCACUAUUUGGAACGACCGUCGGCGUGGUGGUAUCCCUACGCGCUUGGCACAUCGGGACACCAUCUAUACAGGACCGGAGGGUUUGAGAAGGCCGUCGUGAGAGACACACCAUCAACAGGCGGGGAGCGAGGCACACCGGAGCUGCUGCGAAAAUCACCCGACCAAGAGGACGACAAAAACAAAAGUACUGAUGAUGUCGUUCUGGAGGAGAGUGAUGGGGAUGAACCAAAGAAGGAAGUAGAGUUGGUGAAUGACUGGAGGAAAAUUAAAGACGAGGACUCGGAUAAAAAACCGUGUCGGAAAAAGAAAACGCGGACAGUCUUUUCAAGGAGUCAGGUAUUUCGGUUGGAGUCAACGUUCGAUAUGAAACGGUACCUCAGUAGCUCGGAACGGGCAGGCCUGGCGGCAUCCCUACACCUCACAGAGACCCAGGUGAAAAUCUGGUUCCAGAACAGAAGGAACAAGUGGAAACGUCAGUUGGCCGCGGAACUCGAAGCGGCCAAUCUGAGCCACGCCGCGGCCCAGAGGAUAGUCCGCGUUCCCAUAUUGUACCACGACAACACCGGCUCAGAAACGGGCAGCGCUGGGAACGUGUCAGUCAGUCAGUCGCUACUAACAUUCCCUCAUCAAAUGUACUAUUCACAUCCACUAGUCACAUCCGUGCCGCUCCUGAGACCAGUUUGAGAGACUCAUUUAUUGUGUUGAUAUUUAUGUAUUACAAACAUUAUUAGGCCUAUUUUUAUUUAUUUUUAAUCUAUGAUAAUAGUUGGUGUUGGUUAAAAGGCUUUGUAUAUUGUACAGGUCUAUUAUGACAAAUGUUGUAUUUAUUAUAAUUAUUAUUUCUAUUUUUGUGUCCAAAACUGAAAUAUUUCCUCCUAAUCAAAUAAUUUCAUAUUAAAUCGUUGUGCGUCCAAAGUAAUCUGAACAUUUGGCAUUGAUGU